UUUUGAAAAUUUUUGUUUACCUUUUUUUUGUGAGAAAAAUUCUGUUCAUCUGAUUAUCCAUUUUUACUUUAAUUUGUUUAAUUUUCUGAUUAAUUUUCUCCACCCAAUCAACUAAUUAACAUUCUAAAGGUUUAUUUACUUUAUUCUUAUUAUUGAUUUUCACCAUUUUCAUCAAUCUUACCUUUUUAAUUGUUCUUUCCUCAUUAAUUAACCACUGUUGUCAUCUUCUAUAUUAUCUGUCAACCGAAAAAGAAGUCAAUUAAUCUUGUAUAAUCAGUUAAUUAACUCUUUGUGUGCAUCAACCUUUUCCAAUACAAUGUCUUCAUUACCUCAAUGUUUUCUUGAUGUUUCGGUGAAUGGUAAACAAUUGGGACGAAUUGUGGUCGAAUUGAGAUCUGACAUUGUCCCUAAAACGGUUGACAAUUUUAUCGGCCUGUGUACUAAUCGACCUGGUUAUGGGUACAAGAAGACUCGAUUCAAUCGGAUUAUCCCUGGAUUCAUGAUCCAAGGUGGAAAGAUAAGCGAAGAUGAAUCAAAACAAUCCAUUUAUGGUGAACGAUUUGAAGAUGAAAAUUUUCAGCUCAAUCAUGUUUCCCCUGGAACACUUUCCAUGGCCAAUCGAGGACCAAACACCAACGGGUCGUCCUUUUUCAUCACCACUGCGGUCACCGAUUGGUUGGAUGGUAAACACGUCGUCUUUGGUAAGGUCAUUCAAGGGAUGGAAGUGGUUCUUGCCAUUGAAGCUCUGGGAACGGAAAGUGGGUCACCUCAAGAGGAGAUCAUCAUUGAGAAUUGUGGACAACUUUAAAUUCAUCAACAAUUUAGAUCAACUUUUCAUUUGAUUUUUUUUCAUCUCGAUGAUUGUUGAUAACCAAUGGAAUAUUUUUCUCUCUUUGUGCCGAAAAAAAAACAAAGAUUUUUACUUGGAAUUCUCAGAUUCUUAUUGACAUUUACUUUCUAUUCUCUGGAAUAAUCAUAUGCAAAGAAAGAAAACUCCAAAUGUAAUCGAUAUUAUUAAAGAAAAGAAUGUGAAAGUUUCAAUGAUACAUUCGAAUUUUA